AUGGCAGAUUCUGAUUCAAAUGCAAAAGCUGUCUGUGAAAGUCCCACUUCACCAAGUAAGAAAGUUGUGGAUCGUCCACUUGGUGGAAUUGCUUUAUUUGGCCCACGAAAUGAAAUCCUGGGUGAGAUGAAAAGUCGACUGAAACUAAGAAUAACUGGGAAUUCAGAAUGCAAAGAAGAAACGUAUCCAGUGACGCCGACAAAUCCUGAAAUUGAACUCCAUGAAUCCUCUUCAUAUGACAAUACCUCAUCCAACCUGUCAACUGAUUCCAGUCCCAGAUCAUCCAUGUACGAUGACGCUGAACAAUCAGAGUUUAAGUCAGUAUCAGAAAUGUUAAUGAAUCGUGCACGUAAACCACCUACACGUAAACCGACUUUAAAUUAUCGCACAGACAACCCGCAUCAACUGUUGCCUAAUUCUUCAUCUGCAUCGAAUGCUGGCAGCCCCUUCGGGCAGUUGAUGUCACCUUUCAGCUGUUGUGGUCCUUCAGCAUCGCUUCAUUAUUUUUUUAGUAAGCUGACAACAUUGUUUUGUCCAGUUCUUUUUACCAUGGGCUGUGAACUGUGACUUAUUUUCUAGAAUACCCUCUUCUUUUGUAAAAUAAAAAAAAAACAACAGUCAAGUUCUGUGAUCAUUUAUCUGGGCUUAAUUUACAAAAAAAAACAUUUG